GUCUCUCAGUCUGAGAGAGAGCUAUUCCAGGAAAACCAACAGCACGCCAUCCUCCACAAGGUUGUGGUCAUGAGACUCGUGACUCAAUUAACACAAUAAGCAUCGUUCAAUUCGUUUUUCAACCUUCACUUCACUCUCUCUCUCUCUCGAUCCAUACCAGAAUCUUGGGAGUAGUUGAAGUUUUGAUUCAUGGCUCUGAAUUUGCAGGGGAAAUCAGCACCAACUUUUCUUAGGCUCUAGUGGUUUCAUGGAUUAAGCUUAAAGGUAUUUAGAGUCAUGAAGUUUAGGGAAGGGAAUACAGUGGAGCUGUUGAGAACAAAACUGGACCCAUGUGGCUCUUGGUUUACUGGAAAAAUAGUUGAAGUAAAUGGAGAUUGGUAUACUGUUAGGUAUGACUUGCUUCUGAAUCAUGAAGGAGAGCCACUUGUUGAAAAGGUGCACAAGGAUGAUGUUAGGCCUCUACCUCCAUUCACAAGGAAAGAGAGAUGGGUGAAUGGUGAUAUAGCUGAAGUGUUUGAUAUUCAUUCUUGGAGGUUUGGAAAGGUUGCAAAGGUGAUGAAUAAAAAUCGUUUUGUUGUUAGACUGUUCGGCUCUAUCCAGCUUAGAGAGUUUUGUGGGUCUGAUCUUAGGGUUCGACAAGUUUGGCGCAACAACAAGUGGGUGGAAAUUGUGAAGGUUGGUAGGGAUAAGCAAAUGAACAAUAAGGUCACACAAUACAGUUCCAAAUAUUCUCAAGGAUUUUUAGUUUACGAGGACCUGCAACAAGGUAUUCAGGAAGAAACUUACAGCAUAGAAAGAAAUUGGCAGGAUCACAUCAAGACUCUUUACCCUGUGAAUCCUUUAAAGCGUGGUCGCAACUUUCAUUUCAAAUCAUCCCCUCGAGAUGCUGUUGUUGCUAGAGGUCAUAAGAGAGGGAGCGUAACCAGGAAAGAUGGAAGGCAUGACAAGCUGCCCAUUAGAACUCUUCCUCUUCUUGAACAGGUAGAUGUUGUUUCUUCCCCAAAAUCAAAAUUGGGUGAGAAAUGCAUAAAAAAGUCUUCUGAUAUGGCUAUGCAAAAAGAAAAAACAAACAAUUAUUCCUUAUGUUUAUCAUCGGCGCCUGUUCGGGGUACAGAAGAAAGUAACGAAUGCUCAGUUGCUAGUUGUAGUAGUAACGACGUUGGGGAGUUCACUGUUCGAAAUUCCCAAAAACCACCUAGGAUUAUCUGUGAUAGUUAUUUGGAUGAUGUUGAAUCAUCAUGUGACUCUAGGCCCAGGAGAAAAUGUUUACCCUCCUGGAUUGAAGAUGAAGUAGGAGCCAACAUCCAUGAGGUAGAGCUUAAUGCAUAUAAAUCAACCGUGCAGGCUUUGUAUUCUUCUGGUCCUCUAAGUUGGGAGCAGGAGUCGCUCUUAACAAAUCUUCGUCUCUCCCUUCACGUUUCAAAUGAGGAACAUCUACUUUAUCUGAGGCAACUCUUAUCUUCUCAAUGUUUUUGAUCAUCUCGAAUAAUUAUGUUUUCUGACAAGGCUAAAAUUCAAAUCAUCCUAGAAGCUCACCCUUUAACUUCGAAAUGCCCAUCCUGCUUUAGUUGUUAAUUAUGUUAAGGCACAGAGUAAAACCAGGAAUUCUUUAUCAGAUUUGGGUAGAUUUCUCUUAAUUGAUUCUAUGAAACACUCUGGCAGUUUUCUGCUUGCCAUUUCACUGUAUAGAUAUGUAAUUAUUGUCCAAGUGAUCAAAUUUAGUUGACAUUAUUCAGAAAUUUUAUUAUGAGAUCCAUUUUUUCCUUUUUUGUUAAAUUUUUUGAGACAAUGAAGGUGAUCCUCCUUCAGUUCUUGAAAUAAGGUUCCACUCAAUGACUCGUUUA